AAACAAUGACUGAGUUCAAGGCAUACAGAGGUACUGAGAGUGGUAAGAUCGUUGAAUCUACCGGUAAAGUAGGCGAUAUCGGCAGUAGCGACGUCUUGAUCAAACUCACUCACGCUGGUCUUUGUUUCACUGAUGUUCACUUUAUUGAAGCUGGUAUCGUUCUCGGACACGAACCAGUUGGUAAAGUUGAGAAGACCGGCUCUGACGUCAAACACUUAAGCGAAGGUGAUGUUGUUGGUUAUGGUUACGUCCACGGUUCAUGCGAUACCUGUGACGAAUGUCGUUCAGGUAACGACACCCUUUGUCCUUCAAGACAACUUUACGGAGAAACUGAUACAGAUUUCGGUGGAUUCGGAAAGUACGCUAAGGUGAACGAGCGUUUCGUACACAAGAUUCCUGCAGGUAUGGCACCUGAACAUGCCGCACCAUUGCAAUGUGCUGGUGCAACUGUUUUCUCACCAUUCUUGAAGUACGACAUCAAGCCAAUCCACAGAGUUGGCGUCAUUGGUAUCGGUGGUCUUGGCCACCUUGCCCUUCAAGUUGCCAACAAAUGGGGUUGCUCAGUUGGUGCAUUUACCACCUCUGAGAGCAAGGCAGAUGAGGCUAAGUCAUUUGGUGCUCACGACGUUAUCGUCACUAAGCGCGCAGAUGGCGAAAGCUUUGUUCCAAAGUCUGACGCUGAAAAGUUUGAUUUCAUUCUCUGCACUGUUUCUGGUCAAGUCCCAUGGGACCAAUACAUUGAUUGCUUAAAGCCACGCGGUGUUGUCAUUCCACUCGGUGUUGACUUCGGCAAGUUCGAAACCAACCGCUACUUCUCUCUCCUCGCUAGAGAGAACAAAGUCGGUGGUAGCUUUGUCGCUACUAGAUUCGAACACUACAAGAUGUUGGAAUUCUGCGCUAGACACUCCAUCAAGCCAGCUAUUGAGAUGCUCGACUUGAAUGAGGAGAACAUUAACACUGCUUUCGAUAGACUCCAAAAGAACGACGUUCGCUACCGAUUCGUAUUGAAGCACUCAGAGUAGAGGAUUAGACUUUUGUUAUCAGUAUACUAGAUCUAUUAAUUAAUUUAUUAUCGC